AUGGCCGCCCUCACUGGAAAUUCAAUCAUAGGACGUAAGCCGAUGAAAUCCACCUCCAUUGCCCUCAUGAGCAUCGUCGGUGUCGUCGGGGGAACCUGGGCAAUGUCCAGACUGAGGGCGAAUAGAGGCACUACGAUGACCACAAGCGAAGAUGUGGAAACAUUCCAAGGUGGCAGCGCUCAAACCGACGUGGGAAACAAGACUGCCCGACCUCCACCUAUAUACCCGGUUCCGCGGGGUGGUUCGAUCUAA